AUGCAGGACAUGUUCUGCUUCGCGCAGCUGCUGCACCAGGGCACCUUCAGCACCGAGCCCAGGCUCAUCGGGGACCGGCUGGCCGUCUGCGAGGUCCCCGACGUGCUGCGCGCGCUGGGCUACUUUCCCUCGCAGUUCGAGAUCAACACGAUGGUGCGAGAGGUGCUGCGGAGCGGCGACACCAUCAGCUCGUCGGAGCUGGUCAAGAUGCUGGUCAACUACAAGCCGUCGUACGGCGUGUCGCUGGACCAGCUCCGCGAGGCCUUCAGCGUGUUCGGCUUCCCGUCCGGAAACGACAUCGUCAUGUCCAAGGAGAAGUUCCUCUCCGUGCUGCUAGACAAAGGCGAGGCCAUGGACCUGGACGAGGCCCUGGACGUGCUGCGGAUGCUGCUCAAGGGCGAGGCCGCGUUCGACGCCGAGGCCGAGGGCCUGUACGGCCACCUGCUGAUGGACGAGGCUGCACGCAGGGAGAAGCUCUUCUACUUCCUGCCAGAGGUGCCGGUACGUCGCGGACGACCGAAGAGGAAGGUGUAUUCGCCCAGGACCAAGCAGGAGCUAUUUUUCGACACGACUUCACAACCACGCUUCACACGCUUCCAGAUUCAGCCUGUCCGCAGCCCCAGUAUUUUUGUGAACCUCCAACUCUGCAACUUGAACCAAAUGAACCCUUGA